AUGACAGCGCAGGUGGUCGAGUCGUACAUCACCCGCGACCCGGGCUUACCUGUCCAAAACCCGACGCCAUCCUACUGGCAGCAUGUUCCUCACAUUCUCUCCAAUGUUCAAUCACCACAGCUACCGGCCGAGGUCGACAUUGCUGUCAUCGGCUCCGGCAUCACUGGCGCGAGUGUGACCAAGACACUGCUGGAUAAAGAUCCCAGCGCCAGAGUCACUGUCUUUGAGGCACGAACUCUCUGCUCAGGGGCAACCGGCCGCAACGGCGGCCAAUUGGCCACCAAUGCCGGAGAGGUGUACUCUGAGCUGAAGGAGCGUUUUGGAAGCGACAUGGCUGGUGACAUUGCCACCUUCACGUUCAAAACCUGCGACCGGAUGCGCGAGAUUGUCCAAGAGUACGCCCCUGUCGAAGGAGAGUAUCGGGAUUUGACCAAAGUCCGGGCUUUUCUGGACGAGGCUUCUUUUGCCAAGAUGAAAGAUAGCAUCCAGCAGAUGGAAGCCGACCAUCCCAGUCUCCGCGGGAUUUACAAAAUCAUCGACGCCGACACUCUGCUCAAGGUUCACGGCGUGCAUGGCGCAGUCGGCGGGGUGACGCUUCCUGCUGGUGCUCUGUGGCCGUAUCGUGUAGUUAGCGGCGUCUUUCAAGGCCUACUUGACAAGUACGCUGAUCGCCUCACCAUCGAAACCAACACUCCCAUCACCUCAGUAGAGCGUGCGGACGGCAGAUACGUGCUGAAUUCGCCCCGCGGGAGAACAUCAGUACGCAAAGUCAUGUAUUGCACCAAUGGCUACAGUGGCUACCUGCUGCCCAAGCUACGAGGGGCAAUUUUCCCGGUUCGCGGAACCAUGAGCGUGCAAGACCUGGGGCCAAACGUGCGCAACAGGGGCGCGUCGGAGUCUUUCGGCUUUCAUUACGAGCCAUACUAUGACGAGAAGACAGAGACACUGGCAGACGGCCUCUGGUAUCUCACUCAGAACGCCAAGACAGGCUACUUCUUCUUCGGCGGCGAGAAGGGCACCGCCGAUGAGUCUCUGACAGCGGAUGACUCGUCGGUCAGCCCCCACACUCUGGAGCACCUGCAGAACAUCCUCCCGAAGUUUUUCGACUACAAAGACGUGAAGAAGGAUCAGUUGGUAAGCGCUUGGAGUGGCAUCAUGGGCUUCACGGCAGACGGAGCGCCCUUUGUCGGCCAGCUCCCGGCCUCCGUCACCGAUCGGGGAGGUGAGGAUGAGUGGAUAGCGGCGGGAUUUGCAGGCUACGGCAUGCCCUACUGUUGGUUGGUGGGUGAGGCGGCCGCCAAGAUGGCUCUUGGGCUGGACAUCACAGGGUUGUUACCGGCGGCAUACGUCGUCAACGAAGAGCGAUUCUCCCCCGACAACAUCGCAGCUGUGGCACAAAUGCUCGCUUCACUUAGAUAG